UCACGUACCAACAAUAAUAUGGUUCUGCGCUCAUAUAGCAUUCUUUUUUGUGUAUGCGUUUUUAUGAUGGCGGAAUCGGUCGUUUGGUAUCCAGAUAUGAGACGAUUUAGUGCAAAUCCACCGUCUAUGUCAGUUAAAUUAAAGACUGAACCGUAUACCUCGAUUCUGUCGGACAAUUAUUAUAUGAUGCCUUCAAACCACCAAAAUUCUAAAGAUAGACAGUACUUUAGCAUGCAAGAGCAACGAAUUAUAAAUGAGCCUCGGAAUAAAGACGAUAUCAAGCGGAUGAGUGUUGCAGGAACAAACGCACAGCAAAAGCCAAAGUAGUUAACUACAACUUCUACAAAUGGAUAUUAGUACACAAACAGGAUGCCAGUGUCAUGACAUUAUCAUUGAUGUUACUGAUUUUUCUGUUGUGUGUGACACACAACUGCAUAAACCAAUAAAUUAUAUCUAUUGACUUUUGAUUAAACCAUCUUAUAUACA